GAAUUUCCGGCGUAGACUGUUGACGUCAUCUUUGGCAUAUGGUACAGAUCGCUCCUAGAGGUUUGGAAAACAGUCUGACACAACAUGGGACGCUCAUCCAAGGAUAAGAGGGACAUUUAUUACCGCCUGGCCAAAGAGGAGGGCUGGAGAGCGAGAAGUGCUUUUAAACUGCUACAGCUUGAUGAAGAGUACAGGCUUUUCCAUGGAGUGCAGAGAGCUGUAGAUCUUUGUGCCGCCCCUGGUAGCUGGAGCCAGGUGCUCAGUAGGAAACUGAGGGGUAGCGAUGAGCAGAAUUCUGAUGUUAAGAUUGUGUCAGUCGACCUUCAGGCUAUGGCACCUCUUCCUGGAGUCAUUCAGAUUCAAGGCGAUAUUACUAAGGUCUCUACGGCUCACGAGAUUAUCCGACACUUUGAGGGACAACCAGCUGAUCUUGUUGUGUGUGAUGGAGCGCCAGAUGUGACCGGACUACAUGAUAUUGACGAGUACAUACAAGCUCAGCUGCUGCUGGCGGCCUUAAAUAUCACAACACAUGUGCUGAGGCGAGGAGGCACCUUUGUGGCUAAGAUAUUCCGGGGGAAGGAUGUUACUCUCCUCUAUUCCCAGCUGAAGAUAUUUUUCAAGGAGGUAACAUGCGCCAAACCUCGGAGCAGCCGCAACUCCAGCAUCGAGGCCUUUGUUGUUUGUCAAGGUUAUUGUCCCCCAGACGGAUAUGUCCCCAAUAUGUCCAACCCUCUGCUAGAUCAUUGCUAUGAUGUGGAUUUUAACCAGCUGGAGGGCCCUAACCGUGUAAUUGUACCAUUCUUGGCAUGUGGUGAUCUCAGUGCGUAUGACUCAGAUAGAACUUACCCACUUCAGCUUGAGCCAGGCAAAGAGUACAGCUACGUGCCUCCCACCCAACCCCCAAUCCGCCCACCCUAUGAAGAAGCUUGUUUCUUAAAGAAAAAUAACCUGCUUGCCAAGGAGAAACCUCCAUGCUCAUCAAAUGACCGCAACACUUCAUUAGCCAAUCAGGAGGAGGCUGCCAGUGGGUGCGAGGGUCCUGAGUUGGGGCGCCUAAAAAUUUCUUCUUGACUUUUUGGUUUUAAUUAGUUUUAGUUCCUUUAUCUUUUACCAAAAAACACAGAGUCUCUAUUUAUUGUCAUUUUUAUUUAAAAAAAUAAAAGCAUGUUUUUACACAA